GCUGUGAUGAUAAGUUCUGUUGUAUCAAUGCCCUACUGGUUUGCUUAUAUUGUAGAAAUAUUUAUAUUCUACUUUGUAAACCUCACCCUCUGUAUAUCAAUGGCCAUAUCUAUCGCCCGGCUACUCUCAAUCGUGCAGUUUGAGAGAAUGGCAGAGUUUGAACCUGAAGAAACAUCAACGAAGAUUUCCUUCUUUCUCUACGUGUUGACCGGUCUAAUCACCUGCUAUCCGUCCUACUCAGUUCUACAGACAGGUUAUGUGUCCCCCCAGCUGACCUUCUACACUGGUCUGACCGGAAGUAAAACCUUUAAUCCUCACAUCAUCACGACAGUGCUACUCUGCGGAGUCUGCUCAGCUACUUCACUGGGAUUCUUCCUCUACGGAAAAUACUAUCUUCAAAAAUACCACAAAAUCUGGAACGUAAUUAAAUUUCAAGACAUCUUAAACAUUUUCAAAAAUUUUUUUCUGAAAAGUUCAGCUUAGUUGCCGCUCGUGACUUAACUUAAGCCUUAAGCUCAAAUAUUUAA